CGUUUGUAUUCGAGGAAUGCUUUCUCGAUUCAUUUAAGUGGAUAAGGUCAUUUUGUCGAGGAGCUUUUUUAGCGACUAAGUAGCACUUUCGGUUGCGUUGACAGAUUCUCAAAGAAGAGUUCUCGUUAUGCCUCUUGUUCUGCCAGCCUCUACCUUUCGAUGUUCGCACCAGCGGAAGUAUCUGCCUGAAUAGCUGCUCGUAUUUAACUAUUCAGUGACGGGAAGGUCUCGAUGUUGUUCAAUUUUCCGUUCAGUCGAUCUUUUCGGAACAAAUUUCUCCGGCUAUGUAUCCCAAAUCACCCGCAUUGCGGGGAAGUCCAAUGAAAGGACUUGAGAGGACCGCUUAAUUAUAGAAAUGAGAUUUUGGUGGGAUAUCAACACUGUAGCCCCUCUGGUUAUAGUUGCCUCAUAUAUGAGCGAGUAAUUCUCAUGUCAAAGACGCAUCAAGAUCUUCCAGCAAUUUCAAAUCAGAAUGAAGACUUUCCAAAAUCUAUUUAUGCUCAUUGGAGUCAUUACUGUUUCUGCCUCUCCCCUUCAUAAACCGAAACCAUCUUUUAAUUGGCAUAAUACUGAGUUCUUACUCGCCUUCGGUGAUUCAUAUACUUAUGUUCAAGGAACUGCCGGACUUCAGAAUUAUUCCUUCAUAGGAGAUCUCCAAAACUACUCUUAUACUCCACAAGAGCUUCUAAGCGAUGAGAUUGUUCAGAAUCAGAUCGGAACAAGUGCUGGAGGCCCGAACUGGGUCGAAUACCUGACAGGUUGCUUCUCAGGUCUGCCUUCAAGAUGUAAAAAGCAACUUUGGGACUUUGCAUUCGCUGGCUCAGAUGUAUCCACUACAUACACUCCGCUUCACCACAACUAUACUGUCUCUCUCGAAAAUCAAAUAAUUCAAUGGGACACCUAUGCGAAGUCGGUCAUCCCAGUUGAUCUGUCGAAAGCCCUUGCCGCCAUCUUCAUUGGAAUAAACGACAUCAGCGACUCCAGCAAGUACACCUUCCCUCUGGACAAUGCUACAGACUUUCCUUCCUUCUACACAGAAAUAAUCAACACCGAGUUCGAUUCCAUUGAAACCAUCUACAAAGCCGGGUAUCGAAAUUACCUCUUCAUGAAUCUUCCGCCUCUGGAACGAACACCUGGAAAUGUUGCCAGCACGCAACCACUGCCGAAUAGCACCAUGGUUCAUCAAUACAAUUCCAUCAUCAAUUCCACAGCUCUCGCUUUCGAAUCGUCACAUCCAGGAACAAAAGCGAUGGUCUUUGAUACUUAUGCGUUCCUAUCUGGGAUCUUGAAUGACCCUGCACCCUAUGGACUUAAGAACACCACUGGUUACUGUCCGAGAUAUGAUGCGCCGGAUAUUGCGACUAACUAUGCAGCUUAUGGAUGCCUCCCGAUUCCUGAGUAUUUCUGGUAUAAUACAGGUCAUAUUACGUGGAAAGUACAUGAAUAUCUUGCGCAAGCUGUUGGGACAUUCUUAGAGGAGCAGACUUGUUGA